GCGUUCUUGCGUAACACUACAUGUAGCAGCGCAAAGCCGUAAACACAUUCUGAGUUAACACGUUGGUGGCGAACACAUCUCAAAGCGACGCUAUUAUAUAAUGGGGAGCAGCUGUUGCAAAGUCGACGUGUCUUCGUACUUCACAACAAUAGACACACCGGAGGACCAGGCCUUUGGAAAAUAUGACUUCCCAUUCGAGAACCUGGUUAUGGAGGGAGGUGGUGUCAAAGGAAUUGCGUACAUCGGGGCAUUGAGGGUCUUGGAAUCUGCUGGAAUCCUCAAGAACAUCAAAAGAGUUGCCGGUUCGAGCUCAGGAGCCGUAAUUGCAACGUUGGUGGCCCUGGGACUCAACUGUGAACAAAUGGCAGAGAUCAUGAUGAUUGACAUGAGGAAAAUACUUUUCUCUGGGGGACUCUUUGAAAGAUUGAUCAAGCCUUGCAUGUUUUUCCGACGACUUGGCUGGGACACGGGGAAUGGCUUCUACAAGUACUGUGGCAAUAUUCUCAAAAGGUUCACCGGGAACCCAGACAUCACGUUUAAAGAGCUGUAUGACAUGACAGGAAAAGAACUCUGCAUCGUGGUAACAAACUUGGACCAACAGACGGAGGAAUACUGCCAUGUCAAAACCACGCCCUACCUUCCCAUCCGUAAUGCUCUCAGGAUGUCCAUGUCAUUGCCAGUACUGUUCCAGCCUGUGGUGGAAGAUUAUUUUGGAGACAAGACACACUACGUUGAUGGGGGCGCGGCCUGUAACUACCCUCUCCAUUGUUUUGAUGGAUGGUGGCUCUCCAUGGAGGAGCAAAAUUCCUUCUUCAAUAAGCUCGUAGAUCUCACCAUCCUCCGCAGAGCCCUGCACAGAUCGGAGCGCUUCGAGCCUAUGAAUCCGAAAACUGUCGGGAUCUUGUUGUAUUCCGAUGAGGAUAUCGAGCUAUUCUGGGAUCGUCUGACGGAAGAGGAAAAGAAACAUGAGAUGAGCAGGAAAUACAAGGACAAGAGGAAGAUGGAAACUAUCGAUGCAAUGAUAAACAGGAAGAAGAUGCAGUCCUUUGUUGACAUAUUUCUGACAGAUCUGAAGAAUAAAGACAGUAACAGUGAUUCACAAAUCGACAGGCAAGAAAUGCACAGUGUUUUCGAUGAGGCGUGCGCGGAUAAGCUGUGUGGUGAUUAUUGGAAAUAUUCCGUCGAUCAACUCUUUGACCAAAUGGACACUGACAGGGACGGACAGAUAACCUACCUUGAGGUCCACGAAUUCUUUGGAAACAAGGGUUUCCAUUGGUUGACGGGUCCUGUGGGAAAUAGGCAAGAAGAAGGCACGAGCUCGAGGUUAAACCUGCUGGACUACGCCGCGAAGUAUUUGGACCUCUUCCAUGCCCACACCAAAAAGAUCUACCAUAAGGCUGAUGACAUGAAUAGAACUAUUGGUGUGGACAGCGACUAUGUGAAGACGACAGACUUCAAACUGAAGUACAGGGACAAAAUCUUCCUGUUCAAGAGAGGAGCCAGUGGUGCCCGCGGCUUUUUACGGACGUACAUCACAAACGAAAACCUGCACCCUAGAAGGGGGCGACCCCGAUGAUUGUUUGAGGUCAGGACAAGAUAGAUUGCGAUAUUGUUAGCUACGUUUGUGUGUACAUGUAUGUAAAACAUACAUACAUGCAUGUAUGUGGAAAGACGAAGAUCAUGAUCAAGUUUGGGCCUUCUGGCGGGUUUUCUUGGUACCACACAGCAGAACGGUCUUGGUAUGUGUUGUCCUGGUAGCUUAUGUUGAUAUUUUCGUAUUUAAUAAGGACAUUUUAACAAAGGUUCUGGAGAA